CCUUCUGUGAAACCUGAACAGACGGUGCAGUAUCCCUGAGGUUUCUCCUGCAGAAUUUUCCUCACCUCAUUGUGACUGGCAAGUCUGUAGCAUACUUUGUACUCCUCGUGGGACCUUCUUCCUGUGCUACACUGGAAGAUGUGCAGUUACCAACAUUUGUCUUUGCUUGACACAGUGAAUGCACAAUUAAGAGGUGGGGUUUUUUUCUAGACAGCAUGUCAAAGUAAAACACUCUAAAAGACAAGUCUGAGCUGAUCAGAAAGGCUUAUAAUUUAUUGAAUUUGCUGUGUCUCUGGUAAUGUCUGAAUUGCAAAAUUUCUUGAACUUGACAUUACAGCUGACGUGUUCCGGAUGGGGUUCAGCAAACAGGCCCUUGAGCUGUGUGAGGAGAAAAUGAUGAGGACUGGCGUGCUAGUAGGAAGGUUUACCAUGGUCAUACUGGUGCUUUGCUGAAGUCCAGCACAGGGAGCUCCUUCCUUGGCUGUUGGGGAAGCAAGAGGGAUUUUGAGAUGUUUCAGUGCCUCUCCUGCCCUCCAGUGCCGGGGAGCAGCCAGUGCCUUUGGCUUGUUUCUCCAUGGGUAACAUGGGCUUCUCCAAGAGCAGCAGAUUGUUUGCUGGUUGUCCAGAUGUGGAGGCAGAGAGGCUGCUUGGGAGGAUUGGGAAGAUGCCUGGGAAAAGCCAGAGCUCGGUGGGGAUGAGCUGGGCUCUAUCCUGGGCCGACAGGUGGCAGCUCACAGUCAGAAAAGAGCAUCUCUGGGGGAGCCAGCCCUGCCAUCUCCAUGUUUUACAGCAGUGCAGGCAGCACGGCCUUUUCUGUUCCAUUGCCUGCACGGGGCACAGUGAAUUUAUUAAGUGUGAAGAUGAUCUGCCCGAGAGCCAGGAAGGCACAAGUGAAGCAGGACCUGAGGACAGGGUGGAUGUUCGAUACCUGCAGUGGUUGAACGGGAGGCUGAGGUUGCAGUGGUGCAGUUUGCAUGCUCAGCACCAAGAGCAAUGCAAACUUUUGCACAAGAUCCAUUUAUUCACAAGUGGCUCCCACAUGGACCAGAACCUCGGACAUUUCUCUGUCACAGAAACAGAUCUCAUUAGACAACCAGAGAACUACAAGCAGCUGUUGCAGCUCCUGGAGUCUGAGACCACGCAGCUGGAAGCCUUUCUGGAAUGGAAGCAACUGGAACCAGUUUACUGGCAGUGGAUGGAAACUGUGUUGGAUGAUAUGGCUGAAGAGGGAAAUAUGUGUGAGUCCCAAGAUGCUCAUGUGGAGAAAAGAAGGCUGCCAGAGGUGACCUCCUGCUGCCCCUGGGCUGACAAGCUGGCUGGGCAAAUGGACAGAUUAUCCAGAGACCUGCUGGCUCUCCAGCAGCAGCUGCAUCAGCUCGUCGCCCAGCGAAAGGCUGCAUGGUGGGAGAAGGUGGCAACAAGAGAAGAACUACAGAAGGACAGUUUCUCUGCCACUGCUAGAAAGAUACAGGGAAGCGUUGAACUAAAACUGCGAGAUCUCACAUCCCUCUGUGCUCCGCAGAAAAACAGAAUGCACGGUUUGUGCAGGCUGGUGCUGAGGAGCAAACACCCUGCCAGCACAACGGGCUGUGGUCAGCGUGUGUCCAGGGAGGCUGUUGUAGCUGCCAGUGCUGCAGAGGUGAUCAGAGAGCUGCAGGUGAGAGAGGCCAGCCUGCAGAGAGAGCUGCAGCAGCUGCGGCAGCAGUGCAGGCACAGGCUGGCUGGAAUUGCAGAAGGCUGGGAGGGAGUGAUUUGUAUCUCGCCUUGAAGAGAGAGACCUGGGCUGGGAGAAGCAAAGGAAUAGAGUGGCUUGGUCACAUUGUGCAGCCUGGCAUGGGGGAGUGUGAGCUGAGGAACCAAAUGUAGUUUCUAAUUCUACAGCCUGAGAAUCGUAACUUGUUACUGUUUUGAGAGUUGUACUGGGGCCACAACCUCACCGCUCUCUCUGCAGCCCCUUUAUUGCUAACCCUGCCAAUUAAAUUCUGCAUUGGGUCUUGGUGGGAGUGUGCAUAAAUCUCCCUUUUAACUUCUGGAUUUCUAGUUCUUCUGCCAAGCCCUGGGCUCUUUUACAGUGCUCAGCUGCGAGGCACGCUGUACAUCGAGGCUGUGCAUUGAAGUACUAAUUGCAUUCAAUAUUUUCCAGCAAUUGGAAGAGUUCAUUAGUCAGAAAAAUCCACGUAUUGGAGAACAUGAAAAAUACCAAGGCUUAGAGAGAUUGGAAAUAUUCAAGAGUGUGUUGUUUUAAUUCAGCUGCUCGGAGUAUUUGUGGCAGCUAUAAUGUAGUCACAAUAAAGAAAAACAAAUGCCUAAUAAUAAAUAAAGCACUGCACUGAUUUCAUUUACUGGUGUGAUGCACUUGAAGUAAUUGGGUUCUCAAAGAGAACUAGAAACCCAUUCCAUCAGGUUAUGAGUCAGUGAGAUGGAUAGCUUAUGGACCUGCUAUAGGAAGUUUCUGUGAUACAGAAAUACAACCCUAACUUCCAAAUUUGAGGAGUCUCCAAGCUCUGUCUCUGAAGGCUUCUUCCUUUGGAACAGUGAAAUGCUCUUCCUUUGGCCUUAAUUUCCUACCCUUUUCUGGUUUGCUUUUACCAAGGAAUAUUUUUAUGUUCUAGUUGUACACUUUGAGGAAUAAAUAAUAUUUAAAGAA